GCCGCUGUGGGGCGUUCAGGUACUCCCCUCUCGCCUACAGAAACAAAAUGGAGCUGAAACUACCUGGCUGAGGGAAAAGUACAGUUGGAAAUAUUUUUACUUGCGUAUUUGAGAGGAUAAUAACAAACUCAGUCGACUGAGAACUCCAGGGAAGAGGAUUAAAUAUGUUUUGGACGUUAAUAAUCGCCGCCUUGAUGGCGACAGAGUCCACCACAGCCAUCUCGGUGCAGUGUCCCACCAAGAGGUACAUCGUCAUCCUCUUCCAGCCCGUCACACUCACCUGCAACUACCAGACCACGUCCACCGGCCAGCUUCCUGUUAUCACGUGGAGGUACAAGUCGUACUGCCGGGACCCCAUCCAGGCCGCCUUGAAUCCCAGCAGUGCAGAGAACAUCCUGUCGGCCAACAACCCCAACUACGACCCCAACAUCGAGUGUGCCGACAGCCAGCGGACGGUUCGGAUCGUUGCCUCCAAGCAAAACUCGGUCACCCUGGGAGCAGAUUACCAAGGCCGCAAGAUCAGCAUCAUAAACAAUGCAGACCUGAACAUCGCUCAGACGGCGUGGGGCGACAGCGGCGUCUACGUCUGCUCCGUCAUCUCCUCCCAGGACCUGUCAGGAAACAGUGAAGAUUACACCGAGCUCAUCGUACUGGAGAGAAAGUCAAAUACUUCCGACCUCCUGCCUGAGAUUGACUUACUGGUUAUGGAAGACUGGCUGCUGGUGGUGUUGGUGGUGUUGGGCUUCCUGUUGCUGCUGCUCCUGAUCGGGAUCUGCUGGUGCCAGUGCUGUCCACACACCUGUUGUUGCUACAUCAGCUGCCCCUGCUGCCCCGACCGCUGCUGCUGCCCACGAGCACUGUACGAGGCCGGGAAAGCAGUGAAGAAAGGUGGAGUACCCAUGAGUCAGUACGCCCCCACCCUCUACGCCCCCAGUAUGUACGCCCAGCCUGCCUACGGGGGCCAGUCUGCCUACGGGGGCCAGCCCGGUCUCCCUCUGCUCCCCCUGCCCAACGGGGCCGGACCCCUGCCCCCCCACAACGGAUACAGCCGGGACUAUGACGGAGCCAGCUCGGUUGGGCAGGGCUCCCAGGUGCCUCUGCUGCAAGACGCUGGAGUGGACCACACUCGUAGUGGUUACCGUAUCCAGGUGGACCCUGACGGGAACGCCACCCGAGCCAUCUACUACAUGGAGAGGGAGCUGGCCAACAUGGACCCCUCCAGACCUGGAAACUACAACCGCUUGGACAACAUGACUGAGGUCAGUUCGCUGCACGACAGCGCCGAUGCUCGGGGCCGCGGCGGUCGCUCCCAGGCGCCCACCCUGGCCACGGUGUACGACCGGGACGAAGCCAUGAGCACCAUCAGCAGCGUCUCCCAGCAGGGCCAGCGGCGGGACGACUACUCGCGCCACGGAGGAGGCCGCAUGGGGGACCGGGUACGCGCCCGCUCCAUGGACAACCUGGACGACAUCGGACGGCGCCGAGACGACUACCCGCCACACCGACGCCCCGACGAGCCCCGAGGCAGGAGAGGCUCUGAUGACGGCUGGAGCAGCAGCGCUCGCAGCGGCAACAGUCGGGACUUUGACGACCGCCGGCGCCGCGACUACUCCCCCGAUGAUCGUUCCCGAGGAGGCCGGGGGGGCGGAGGGGGGUACGGCGCCCUGCCGGGGCGACGCAGCCGCAGCCGUGACGACCUGAUGGACCUGGAGAGGGACCGCCGGGGGGGCGGGGACCCCAGGGGCCCCAGGCGGGACGACUACGACGACAGCUUCCUGCGAGAGGCCAUGGAGAGGAAGAAGAUGGGCGAGCAGCAGCGGGCGCGCAGCCGGGAGCGGCUGGACAGCGAGAGCGACCGAUCGGACCGGGGCCGGGCGCCACGCGGACCCCCGCCGCUACCACAGAUGCCCGCCGCCGGACGCCUUAACGACUACCCGCCUCCGCCGCCUCCACCCUACAGUGACGACGAAAGUAUGUCAUCUGCAAAGAAAAGCAACCUCCGCAAGAACGGAGCAGUGAGUCGGGAGAGCCUGGUGGUGUGAAGCAUCCUGCAGCUUGUAAAUAUUAAUCACACUGCUGAUUUUUAUAUCGCCUCAUUUACCGUAAACACAAAUCGAUGCUGAACGUGUAUGUAAAACGUUUCCGAACAAGGAAAAAGGUUCACAGAUGAAAUGUGUCGUGUGCCUUUUUUAAUGUAUAAAACAUUGUGGCUGCCACAAGUGCCUUGGAGUGUACAGAAUUUAACUUGUAGAUGUGAAAGUCAAGAUGAUAAACAAAUUCUCUGUAAAGGUGAUUUACAUCCUGAUGAGUAAACAUAUUUCAACUUUUAAUGUUUUUAACUUUUAUGCAGUUUUUUUUUAGCUGAUUUCAGGUGUAGAGUUGUCGGGUUCUAUAGAGUUUUCUGGCUUUUUUUUGACUUGUGAGAAAUUGUUUUUUAUAAGAAAAAUGAUGUAAAUUUAAAGGGAUUUAUUUUAUCUCUGCUUUUUGCUUUGAGUUGUGUUUGAGUGUAUUUAGACACCUGGAGAACAAAACAGGUAGAAUUUGUGUUUCACUGCUUUCUUUUCAUUUUAUUUUUCAUUUUAUUAUUUUUUUACACAAGAUUUUUAGUUUUAAGCUGCAGUGUGUUGUACAGCCAACCAGUAAUAAAGUCAUUAAAAUGUU